ACUACGGUAACUACUAGCUUUUAAAGUCUUCCAUGUGAGGGAAAUUUUAUUUUUCUGAUUUUCGAAAAAAAAAUAUGGAAGAAGACUGGGAUGAUGAGAUAAGUAACGGACACCAAUAUUCUGAUAAUCAGAACAGAUUUGGAAUUGCUACACAACAGAAUGGUGCUAGUAGAGAUAGCGGUAAUCAGUGGAAUAAUGAAAGAAACGAUUCUCGCGGAAGCAGAGGUUUUGGUCGAGGUGUUCUGAAAAUGAAUAACAGGGAUGGUUUUUCCGAGACAAAUUUUAAACCUCGAGGACUUGAUAGAGAUGAUAGAUCAAACAGAAGCAAUUUUAACAGAAGUCAAAAUGAUGUUGGUGGGGAUGGAGAUACGAGAACUUUGUCAGUUCCCUCAAAUAAAGUUGGGAGAAUCAUAGGGAAAGGUGGUUCUAAAAUAAGAGAGCUUCAGGAUGAAAGUCAGGCAAGGAUUGAUGUUAGGCGUGAAAAUCAAGGGGACACAACUGAAGUAGAGAUAUCAGGGUCACCUGAUGCUGUCAGCAAAGCAAGUCAGCUUAUAAAUGAUUUAGUGAAUGAUGACAGGGGUUCAAGGUCAUUUGGAGGUAGUUCCUCAUAUAAUGGAUUUGGUGAAUCUGGGUCGUCAUUCGGAAGCAGUAGAAAUGACUCAAAUCGAGGUUUCGGGACAGGUCAGGAAGAGGACCGAGGAUUCGGGAGAGGUCGGCAGGGAGGGGAUCGAAGAUCGUGGAGAGGGCAGCAGGAAAGGGGCUCUGAAUUUACUGAGAUGAAAGUGCCUAGCACCUCUGUUGGAAAGAUUAUAGGUAAAGGUGGCUCAAAGAUAAGAGAAUUGCAGGAUGAGGCUGGAGCAAAUAUUAAGGUGCAGCGUGACAGUGAUUCUUAUGGAGAAACUAUAGUUGAACUCUCUGGAUCAGCAGAUGCUAUCAGCAAGGCAAAGGAUCUUAUUAACGAACUUUUAAGUGACUCUGAUGGCAGAGGGUCAAGGUCAUUUGGUGGAAGUUCAAGGUCAUCAGAUAGCAAUGGGUUCACAGAGAGUGUUGAAGAAAGUGUGAUACCAAGAAAAAUCAACUGGGGGAUGAUUUUAAAAGAAAAGGAGGCAAAUGAUGCGAAAAAGUUUGCAGACCUGCGUCCUAUAAAGAAAAAUUUCUAUAUUGAAACGCCUGAAGUCGCAAAUAUGUCUCCCUCGGAGGUGGAGUAUAUAAGGGAGUUUAAUUUUAAUAUAACAGUGACCAACCUAGAUAAGAAUGGUGAAAUUCAGGUUCCAAAUCCGGUUAGGACUUUCGAAGACGCAUUUAGCCAUUAUCCUGGUAUAUUGGACACAAUCUAUAAACAAAAAUUCACUAAACCAAGCCCAAUACAGAGCCAGGCGUGGCCAGUUCUACUGAGAGGCAAGGACUUGAUAGGAAUUGCACAGACUGGUACUGGAAAAACUUUGGCUUUUCUCCUACCUGCCUUUAUACAUAUAGAUGGACAACCAGUCCCGAGAGAGGAGAGAGAUGGACCAAAUGUUCUAGUAUUGUCACCAACAAGAGAGCUAGCCCUACAGAUUGAGGAGGAAGUGAAGAAAUUCAGUUAUAUGGGUAUCAGAAGUAUAUGUGUGUACGGAGGUGGUAACCGACGUGAACAGAUCAACAUGGUUACGAAAGGUGUAGAGAUAAUUGUAGCCACGCCGGGACGAUUGAACGACCUGGUGAUGAACAAUAUAAUCAACGUGAAGAGUGUAACAUACCUCGUUCUUGACGAGGCUGAUCGUAUGUUGGAUAUGGGGUUCGAACCAGAAAUCAAGAAGAUUUUGCUGGAUAUUAGACCUGACCGACAGACAGUCAUGACCAGCGCAACAUGGCCAGUGGAUGUACAAAGAAUAGGGGAGAGAUAUUUGACCAAUCCAAUACAAGUGUUUGUCGGCAGUCUAGAUUUAGCUGCUGUACAUAGUGUUACACAGAGGGUUGAAAUUAUUGCUGAAGAAGACAAGAAACAAAGAAUUGUUGACUUCAUUCAUCAUGAGAUGGCCCCAGAGGACAAAGUGAUUGUUUUUGUUGGGCGAAAAGUCACGGCUGAUGACCUAUCUAGCGAUUUUACUUUACGUGACAUUUCAUGCCAGUGUAUCCAUGGCGACAGGGAACAAUGUGAUCGUGAACAAGCUUUAGAAGAUUUCAAAUCUGGAGAUGUCCGGAUACUUGUAGCCACAGAUGUAGCCUCACGUGGUCUUGAUGUUAAAGAUAUCACAUAUGUGUUCAACUUUGAUAUGCCAAGGAACAUCGAAGAGUAUGUACAUAGAGUUGGGCGAACUGGGAGAGCAGGGAAGACUGGUACAUCAGUAACUCUUGUGACUAGGAGUGACUGGGGUAAAGUUGGAGAUCUCAUAAAAAUUCUUGUGGAAGCUAACCAGGAAGUACCAGAAGAGCUUGAAGAAAUGGCUGCAAGAUUUGCUUCUCACAAAGAAAAGAGGGAGGCUGAGGGAGGAGGCAGAGGGCGUUUUGGUCGUGGAGGAGGCGGGGGAUUUGGUGGGGGAGGUGGGCGUCGCCGGAGAGAUGAUGGUGUACGGAUGUGUUUCGGUAUUCCUUGAAUAGCAGACAUCUAGUCAUGUGGAAAUCCAUUACAGUCUGGAGUGGUGACCGUACUUGGAGGGGGACUUCGUUAAGAAGACAUGUUAAUAGUUUUGUUGCAGUACUGUUUGGCAUUCAGAAACAACAUUUAGCCAAUGGUGUUAAUUGAAA